UCGCCGGCCGCGCUGCUCCAGCCCCCGCCGCUGUUCCACCUCGCUCGCUUAGCAGGUCAAUGAAUUGCCAGAGGCUUGAGGCUGGAGGAGCCCGGCCCUGGAGCCAUCCUCGAAUCCCUGCCUAGCAAACAUGCGCCUCUGCACUUUCUCUGAUUCCCCAGCCAGGAACGUAGCUGCUUGAGAAGUUGGAAAAACCAGGAGGACUUACAGGGGCGUGUAAAGCAAUCCGCAGCUACAAAAGGAGGAUGGAAAUCCUGUAUAAAUGUGAAAACCAUUAGCAAAGUAAUUGCUGUCUAUUACCAUGACAACCAGCCGCUGCAGUCACCUGCCUGAAGUCUUACCAGACUGCACCAGCUCAACUGCUCCCCUAGUAAAGACGGUGGAGGAUUGUAGCAGUCUUGUGAAUGGACAGCCGCAGUAUGUCAUGCAAGUUUCAGCCAAGGACGGGCAGCUUCUGUCAACAGUAGUAAGGACUCUUGCCACACAGAGCCCUUUCAAUGACAGGCCAAUGUGCAGGAUCUGCCACGAAGGCAGCAGUCAGGAAGACCUGCUCUCUCCAUGUGAAUGUACAGGAACCCUGGGGACUAUUCAUCGCAGCUGCCUGGAGCAUUGGCUGUCCUCUUCGAAUACCAGUUACUGUGAACUCUGCCACUUCAGGUUUGCAGUAGAGCGCAAACCCAGGCCGUUAGUAGAGUGGCUAAGAAACCCAGGUCCGCAGCAUGAGAAACGGACUCUGUUUGGAGACAUGGUGUGCUUCUUGUUUAUAACUCCACUGGCGACCAUCUCUGGCUGGUUGUGUCUGCGGGGAGCGGUGGACCACCUGCACUUUAGUAGUAGGCUAGAAGCUGUUGGCCUCAUUGCACUCACUGUCGCACUCUUCACUAUUUACCUCUUUUGGACACUAGUGUCAUUUAGGUACCACUGUAGAUUAUACAAUGAAUGGCGUCGGACCAAUCAGAGGGUGAUACUCCUAAUUCCAAAAUCUGUCAGUGUUCCUUCUAACCAGCAGUCAUUGCUGGGCCUUCAUUCAGUCAAAAGGAACUCAAAGGAGACAAUCGUUUGAUUUUGGCAGUUCUGGACUGGAGUCAUGCACUAAAUAUACUUUCUUAAACCCAUGGGCUCUGAUUCCAUCCAGAACCUGGUACAGUGCUAUUCCGGUUUACAAACUCUUUACAGAGGAAGAAAUCACUAUUAAUUAAAAUCAUGGAUGCUGCAAUCAUAUGAUAUUUGCUAAGCUGCCAAACAUGUUUAUUUAGCAGAUACUGUAUGGAAUUCUACAAACUCAUGUUAAUACUUGCCUUGUCAGUGAUGCAAACCCUUCUUUUUUUAUUAUUGUUUAAAAAUAUUAAAACUAUGAUAAUUAACAAUGCAAA